AGCCCCGCGGCUACAGUACUUCCUAUGCACUGACCUAUCACGGCAUGGACUGCAAGUAACUUCAUUAGCAGCACGGUACAGUACCAGGACUUGACAGGCUUUACAAAAGCGGACAGCUUGGCUCAUCAAGCUUGCACAAGAUUCGAUGAUCUGGUCAGUGCUUCAACGACUUAUGCUAAGUUGCAUUCGAACACCUCUACUCUAUCAAAUGCAUUGCCGCACUAUAUGGCCGAGGAUGGCUACCUCUGCUUCUUUGAAUCAAAUGUGCUGGACGCCAACAAAGACGGGAACCUAGAACCAAUCAGAGACCCAGCGAUCUCGGCCCGCUAGGGCGCAGAUAGCGAUACUAAAAUGUUUUCGCCGCCAUGAGUAAAGCAUUGCCACCUCGGGUAUAAGUCCAAAUCAAUUGCAAGACUGUACCUCAUGACACUCCUCCUUGGAUAUCUAUUCUCUCUAUGAGAGCAAGCUGACCCAAUGGACCCGCCCAAAAAUGCCGACCAGAGCCAACACGACCUCGAAAAUGGCCCAAUGCCGAAUCAGAACAAUGAAAGCAAGAACUCGAAGAUGCUACAGCCGAUAGCCCUCUUCUGGCGCAGAUUCAUGACUUUGAGCGUCAUUGAAGAAACAGGUGUCGAGCCUGUACCAGCAUAUGAACGGAAUGAGACUAGGAUCAUCGGGAUCUUCACACUGUGGUUCACGCUUUCGACGAAUCUGUUGCCCAUCGUGACUGGAAUGGUCGGGACCUUGAGCUUCGGUCUAGGACUUCGAGAUGCCUCAUUGGUGAUCCUCUUCUUCAGCCUAUUGUGUACCACUCCAACGGCAUACCUUGCGACGCUAGGACCCGCGACUGGCAUGAGGCAGAUGAUUCAAGCACGAUACAGCUUUGGUUAUUAUGGCGUGUCACUUCCUGUACUACUGAAUCUGGCGACGCUCACUGGGUUCUGCGUCAUUGACAGCGUCGUUGGAGGUUUGACGCUUUCUUCAGUCAACAGUGGCCGAUUGCCGCCUACUGCUGGCAUUGUCAUCAUCGGUCUCAUUGGACUUGUUGUCUCAUUUUGUGGCUUCCAUGUUCUGCACUUUUUCGAACGAUACGCUUGGAUUCCGGCUGUCAUCGCAAUCGUUGUCGCUACGGGAUGUGGUGGACAACAUUUGCACAAGCAAGUCUCGCUCGAGAGUGCAGCUUCUGCUUCGCAGGUUCUGUCUUUCGGAGCACUGAUAGCUGGCUUCCUCAUACCGUGGGCUGCACUUGCUUCGGACUUUGCAACUUAUAUGCCUCCUGGAACUCCACGGCUUAAGAUUUUUGGAUACACCUACUCUGGCCUCUUUUUGCCCACAGUGCCGCUCAUGGUUCUCGGCGCUGCGAUUGGUGGUGCAGUUCCCAAUGUACCUUCCUGGCAAGCCGGAUAUGAGCGCACAUCUGUUGGAGGAGUACUGGCCGCCAUGCUCGAACCUGCAGGAGGUUUUGGCAAGUUCCUCGUGGUUAUCCUGUCUCUCACAUUAAUCGGAAACCUUGCCGCGACGAUGUACGCCAUCACGCUCAACUUUCAGCUGCUGAUUCCAUAUCUGGUUCAUGUGCCUCGAGCCCUCUUUGCCAUUCUCAUCACAGCAAUUGUGAUACCUGUCUCCAUCGAGGCUGCCAAAAGCUUCUUCGUCAAUCUGGAGAACUUUAUUGGCGUGAUCGGAUACUGGUCUGCUGCUUUUGUGGCAGUUGUGGUGGUCGAACAUGUCUGGUUCAGAAGGUCAGAUGCUUCCACGUAUUCCCAUGAUAUUUGGAGUUCUGCGAAGAGCCUACCUCUCGGCAUUGCAGCAAUUGCAGCCGGACUAUCCUCGAUCGCGCUUAUUGUUCCUUGCAUGUCUCAGGUGUGGUAUACAGGACCCAUCGGCGCCAGGACUGGGGACUUGGGCUUUGAGAUGGCUUUCGUCGUUACUGCUUUGGUGUAUGUCGUAUUGAGAAGUGCGGAGAAAAGGGUAGUAGGACGAUGACAGCGUCGAGUGCUGUACGGUACGAUUGUAUUAAAGACCAUAAUAGUUUUGCGAACAGCCAUUGCAGAGUCCCAGUCACAUGCAGCACAGAUAUCUGCAGCAUGACCAACAAGCCAUUCCUCUUGCAGUCCUACACUGCACACUCAUCGAUAGACGGCCGCGUUUCCAGCUCUUUCAAUAGCUUGAACUGGUCAGCAUGACCCCAUUACCACUUCAUUUAGCAUCGCAAGCAUCGUAUGUACUCACCUCAGCCGUAGUCUGAAACCUCAAACCCUCCGCAA